CUUUAGUGUGGGCACCCGGCUGUGACAGCCGGGUGCCCACUGCACAUGCGGGAGAAGCGCUGGACUUUGUCCGCAGUCUCUUGGUCAUCCCCUGUACUGGCUGCAGUCUCUGGUCAUCCCCUGUACUGGCUGCAGUCUCUGGUCAUCCCCUGUACUGUCUGCAGUCUCUGGUCAUCCCCUGUACUGUCCGCAGUCUCUGGUCAUCUCCUGUACUGUGUCCGCAGUCUCUGGUCAUCUCCUGUACUGUGUCCGCAGUCUCUGGUCAUCCUCUGUACUGUGUCCGCAGUCUCUGGUCAUCCUCUGUACUGUGUCCGCAGUCUCUGGUCA